AUGCAAGCGGCAGCGCGCCGCAUCAUCCGCGUCGGGGCGCAGGCUUCGAAGACGGUAAAAAUCACGCAGAAGGAUGUGGUCACCUUUGGGGACCUCAUUCAAGACCACAACCCCAUUCACAGCGACGCGGCCGCUGCAAAGGCCGCCGGAUUCCCCUCCCCCAUAUGCUAUGGUAUGCUGGCCGGCUCUCUCUUUUCCGGGUUGAUGGCGACAGAAAUUCCAGGCCCGAACACGGUGUACGUAUCACAGACCCUGCACUUUACAAGACCCAUCUUUGUUGGUGAUGAGCUGGAAGUGAUUGCCAAAGUCACCCAGUUCCGCCGAAACAAGGGGCUCAUUGAGAUGUUGACCAUCAUUCAGAAGGCAGACCCAAAGAACCCGGGCGAGAAGAUCACCUGCAUUGAGGGGUUCUCAGUAGGAAUGAACAAAAUGGUGGACUUCGAAGGGGAGAGCGAGUGGACGCGUCGGGUUUAG